GUAAAAAAUUGAGUUUAAUGUAUUUUUUUUUUUUUCAUAAAGGAAUUUUAAUAUCAAAUCUUGACUAAAAUCGUUAGGGGUACCAUGGUAAAAAUAUGCCGCCCGAAUGAAAAAUGUACUAUUCCCCUCCAAGGUCAAUUUGUCGUAGUUAUGUCGUCGUCGAAAAUAAAAGAGAAUCUAUUAUUUUGGGCAAGUAUCCAGGUUAAAAAAGUUUAGUGAACGCAAACAAAAUACUAAUUCUGAGCAAACGCAAAUAAAAUCCUAUUCUGAGCUAAAAAAAAAAUACUAUAGAAAAUAUUACAAGUCCGAAUUCAAGGUCACUAUGUCGUUGUGUCGUCGUCGAAUAUUUUAUUUUUAAUUUUCUUAUCUUAAAAGAGAUCACGUUCAAGUACCACUUACAAACAAAUUAAUCUCUAGUACGUACGUGACUUUUUAGACGAAAACGUUUUACCGAGAAUAUUAUCUAAAGUGUAUAUGAAAUUUCAUCACGUACUCUAAAUAAUUAUUCCUAUAUAAUACGGAGUGCUCGCAAAUGUUUAUCAGUACACUGUUAGCCGUUUAAUAUAACGUUGCAAACAGUUUACAAUGUCUAUCAAUUUAUUAUGCGAAGAAUCUACAAUGGAAGAAACUCUGCUGAAUAUUCGCUCGGAGCAGACGAAAAGGAGCCCAUCGGGGAGCGACUUCGCCGACUCGAAAGUCAAAAAACCAAAAGUAGACAAGUCCAACGAAGAGGAACCAGCCCAAAUAACCGACAAGGUAAUGAAAACGAAUAUGGAAGAAUUAAUAUUUGCAUUGCCGGGAAAAUUUGAGUUUAGAAAUAUCAGUGGACAAAGAAGACUGUAUUCAGAUAAUACAGGCUGUGAAUCCGAUUUCGGAUACGACGAAGACGUUUCCAUUAUGGACUAUGGUUCUGAUGAUGAGCGUAGUAAAUCACCGAUUUUUAACGACGAAAACCCCGAGUCCGUUGUUGACGAAGAGGACGAUGGAAUUGACGCAUGUAGAAAAGCAAUUGGAAGUAUUGGAUCUCGGUCAAUUGUAUCGACCUCUUACAGCGCUUAUGACUGNCUAAGCACGUAUCAGGAAAACAUCGAUACAUCCAUAAAAUUGCCGUGCUCAAUGGAUCUGAUGGAGUUCUGGGAUGUUUGCAAGAACUGCGAGAGAACCUUAGCAGAUUUCCCCCGAGACACUGGUUUGUCCUCACAAGUCAUGGAGAACACAUCCAUGUUAUCAACAUUUGUCAACGGAAGUUGUCGAUGCCGCUGGCUCGAUGAAAGUGGGAGGUACCAACGAAACCUUGUCAACGGAAACCGACGGCUCUUCGAGCUGCCGGGCUUGACACGGGGGACUGGAGAGCAAUCCUGUGUUACUUAUCUCACGACGAGAGGUUCGUCGAAGAAAUUGGCGGCUUCUCAGAAAAUGAACGACUAUAUUCUAGAUUUAAAUAUUUAUCGGUUAGUAUUGAUAAACAGAAUACUGUAUAUUUGCGAAAAAAACUUUACUAGACAUGGAUAG